UGUUUCUCUACUGUUCUGCAUUGUACUGUGAAAAACAUUUUAGUGUGCUGACCUAAAGCAGACUUUUGAUGCUUUCUCUGGAGUGCUGUCCUUAGCUUGGAAACAGAAAUGUUUUUGGUUUCUCCAUUCACUCAGAUUUUAAAAAGUUUUUAAAGUGUUAUGAAAUUAUGAUCACUCUGAUUUAUGGGCCAUUUGAUAUUUUAUUUUUGCAAUAUUUUUUGGACUUGCAAAUAGUCCCGAAACCAGGUUUAGGGUCAGGCGAUAAAUACCGUAUUUUUCGCUUUAUAAGACGCACUUUUCCCCCCCAAAAUAGAGGGAAAAAGUCAGUGCGUCUUAUAAACGCAAUAUGACCUCACGUGGGCGGCCCCUACGUCACGGCCCUCUGAAAGCAGGCUGCGCGAAUGAGUCGGAGCCGGCCGCGACACAAAAGCUGGGACGAUGGGUCCAGCAUGAAAGGCGCGCCGGGCGGCCCGAAAGAGCGGCCCGGAGGAGGAGAAGGACGAGGCAGGAGGGCCAGAGGAGCCCGAGGAGGAGGAGGAGGAGGAGGCGGCGCCGUGCCCGCCGUCGGGCCCGCCCGGAGCCUGCUCUCCCAGGCGGCGGUGAGGAGGAGGAGAAGGACGAGGCAGGAGGGCCAGAGGAGCCCGAGAAGGAGGAGGAGGAGGAGGCGGCGCCGUGCCCGCCGUCGGGCCCGCCCGGAGCCUGCUCUCCCAGGCGGCGGCGGCGGCGAGGAGGAGGAGGAAGAGGCGGGCGCUCUCCGCGCGGCCAAGAUGAUGGUGCACUGCGCCGGCUGCGAGCAGCCCAUCCUUGACCGCUUCCUCCUCAACGUCCUCGACCGGGCCUGGCACAUCAAGUGCGUCCAGUGCUGCGAGUGCAAGUGCAACCUCACCGAGAAGUGCUUCUCCCGCGAAGGGAAGCUCUACUGCAAGAAUGACUUCUUCAGUGGAAGAAUGAAAAGACGGAUGAAACGGUUAUAAAAUCAUCUUUUAGUUCAAAUUAUUUUUCCCCAUUUUCCUCCUCUGAAAACUAGGUGCGUCUUAUCAGGUGCGUCUUAUAAAGCGAAAAAUACGGUAAAUAUUUUAAAGAAAUGCAUAGGAAAAAUGAAUAACACAGCUCUGUUUCCUGUGCUUAAUGGUCCACACCUUAGUUACAUCUAGAAUGGACUACUGCAAUGCACUCUACGUGGGGCUGCCUUUGAAGACAGUUCGGAAACUGCAGUUAGUGCAAAGGUCGGUGGCCAGAUUACUAACUGGAGCUGGUUAUAGGGAGCAUACCAUGCCCCUAUUAAAGCAGCUCCACUGGCUGCCGAUGAGUUUCCAAACACAAUUCAAAGUGCAGGUUAUUUCCUAUAAAGCGCUCUAUACACUUUGGGUCCAACCUAUCUUCGAGACCAUAUUGCUUUCUGUGAACCGGCAUGAGCACUAAGAUCUAUCGGGGAGGCCCUCCUCUCGGUCCCACCUCUAUCUCAAGUGCGGUUGGUGGGGGCGAGAGAGAGGACCCCACACCCAACUUUGUAAUACCUUCCUGACGCUAACCCCCACUCUCCAAGCCUUCCGUACACAAUUGAAGACAUGGUUUUUCGACAAGCCUUUGACCUCAUUUAGAUUCUUUUAAUGAAUACACGAGGACCUAUAGAUUAUUUACAAGAAUGAGAUUGAUUACUGUUGUUUUAUACCCGCAACUAUUGUUGCAUUUUACUGAUUUUAACCAGGAGUUUUGUGAAGUUGUGAUGUUUAUGUUGGUUGUUCAUUGUUUUAGGUUAUUGUGUUUGCACCUUUUGUAUUUUGUGUGUUUGAGUUCUUUGUGAGCCACCCCGAGUCCCUCUAGGACAGUGGUUCCCAAACUUAUUUGGCCUACCGCCCCCUUUCCAGAAAAAAAAAAAUGGAAAAGGGGCAUGUCUUAGAGGGCUGGGCGUGGCUCCUGCUCAAGUGGAUGGGGCUGAGCCUCUUCACUAGCCCAAGAUGCAGGGCUGCGCGGGGAGGUGGGUGGGGCCACAAAUGGGCGGCCAGGACUGGGAUGGGCGGAGUUACGAGCUCUGACGCAGGGCUGAGCUUCUAUCCCUGUCUUGUGGUGCCGGCCACGACACAGGAGGCGGGGCUAGAUGAGGGGGCGGGGCCCCUUCCCAAGUGCCUGACGGGGCUGAACCUCUAUACCCUGUCCCCAUGUUCUAACAAGCACCUCAGGGGAGGUAUACAGAGGCUCAGCCCUGUUUUGGGAAGAGGUCCUGCCCCCGCCCCUAGCCCCGCCCUUUAGUCCUAAAAGUCCUCUCAGGAGAGGUAUAGAGGCUCAGUCCUGUCUCGGGCUUUUGGAAGGGGGCUCCGCCCCCUUCCCUAGCUCCGCCCUCUGUGUCCCAACAAGCGCCUCAGGAGAGAUAGAUUCUCAGCCCUGUCUCGGGCUCUUGGAAAGAAGCCACGCCCACUCCUCUAGCUCUGCUCCCUGUGUCCUAACAGGUACCUCAAGUGCUUAACCCUGUCUCCGGCACUUGGGAAGAGGCCCCGCCCCUCCCCUAAUAGGUGCCAUCACCGCCCCCCCUGGAUCACUGCAGUGCCCACCAGGGAGCGGUAGCACCCACUUUGGGAAUCACUACUUUAGGAGAUGGUGACGGGAUAUAAAUAAAGUUUAUUUAUUUUAUUUAUUUAUUUUAC